AUGGGUAUCAAUGGAACCUCAACACUGGCACUCAACGCUGAUGGACAGAUCGUCGCCGCCGCAACGCCGCCCGCCGGCGUCACAUCCAAUUUCAACAAUCCCGACUGGACGGGCGACAAUGUGGUCAAAGCAAAUAUCGUGGCGCUGUCAACUUCAGCCAUCUUUCUAGGACUGAGACUUUACACGAGGGUUUAUCUUGUGCGUCAACCGGGACUGGAUGACGUGUUUGUCUUACUCGCAUGGCUUUUCUCCCUCGCCUUGGGCAUCACGACCUGCAUAGAGGCGACACGCUAUGGAUUGGGCUCGCACAUAUGGGAUGUCAAGCUGUCACUCUAUAGCCCCCACUUUCUCAAGCUCGAUAUUGUCAGCCAAAUAUUCUACUUUCUAGCCAAUAUGUUCAUCAAAUGCUCGAUCCUUUACUUCUUGCUACGGGCCUCAGCACGGCUCUCCGGUCCCAUCCGUUGGUACCUGUGGAGUCUGCUGACCUUCUCGGUUCUCUACAAUAUUGCUUGCAUCUUCAAGAUCAUUUUCAGCUGCAAUCCCGUCCCGGCACUUUGGGACGUAACACUGAUGGCCGGCGCCCAUUGCGUCAACCCACACCAAACCUUCGUCGCCGUCGCCUGCAUCAACGUUGUGACGGAUAUUCUUGUGCUCAUAUCGCCACUGCUGUUGUUCAUAGGAAUAGAGAUGCCGGUACGCCAGAAGAUUGCCGUGAUUGGAUUAUUGACUAUUGGUGGACUAGCCUGCGUCUUCAGUAUCAUCCGCCUCGUAACUAUCGCCCGCCACGACCACCUUGGCGACAACACGCGCUCACUCGUCGCAACCGUUUGCUGGUCCAUCCUCGAGGUCGGCAGCGGCUGCGUCUGCGCCUGUGCCGCUUGUUUGAAGCCCUUUUUUCGCCAUCACUUCAAGUGGUUUCCUUCUACCAGCUCCUCAAAAAUGGCACCUAGCUCCUACGUCCUCGGUUCCCUAUCCACACAGAACUGCGAGACUCUGCGUCUGCGCCCCGACGAUGGGCCGAAUGGCGUCAACACCUCCACCGUCACCACAAAUAAGCAUAACUUCCAACGCCCAAAACCGGCACGGAUCUAUCCGCGCCACCUCUUGCCGCAGGGUGCGCCGACGGAUAGUAGCCAGGAGGAUCUGAUAGUACCUGCAGAAGCUAGAAGGGAACGGAUUGUGGUUACGGUUACGAGUGAUUUCGGAGUGGUCGAAGACAGAGUCGCAAGCCCGGUUGCGCCGGCGGUGGAGGAUACGAAGGGUAGGAAGCGGUGGUGGUAG